UCUCAAGGUCUGCAGCUAAGACAACUUGACAUGCUUGAAGACGGGAUUGCUGGCAGUUCAAGAACGCUGACCAAAAUGGCACAUACAGUAAGAAAGGUGUGCAUGAAAGCUGUUUCCCGUCUUAAAAGCAAAGGCAUGAAGGUUGGAGGUCGACAUCACUUCGUUGUUCUAGAUGAAAGUAAAUUCUCUCACAAAAGGAAGUACAAUCGAGGACGAUUUGGCAACAGCUGGCGUCGCAAACGGCAGUGGGUCUUCGGUAUGCUGGAGGUCGGGAUAACUACUAGAAGACCAAUCCUCAAACCUUCACUCUCUGUCAUGCUGUCAGGGGGGCGAGCAGGCUUCAUGGUGGGUGCCGCUGAGUGGGGAAGUUCUGGAGAGUAUGUUCAGGUGUGGAUGCAGGAGUGGACAGACCUUUCCUCCACCUUAGAGAAGGAAGUGAAGUUUGAGGAUAUCUAUCCCCAGCUUCCAGUGAUCAGUCAGGAGGGCAACUAUUAUAUUAGAGAUGUGGAUGAUCGAACAAUAGAAACAGGACGAGCGGAAACAACUAUAAAAAUGUAUCCAACCUCUAAAAGCAAGAAAAAACAGAGACCUUUUGAGACAAAGGGUAAAUUGAGAAUGAGGAUGGAAUCUGGAGAUGAGGGUGAUCAGAGUGACCGUGAGAUCAAAGGUGGAUAUGACCCAGCAGUGAGGCGGAUACUGGCAAGAGCGGAAAAAAGAGGAGACAAAACUUGGAGAAAAGAGGAUUCAGGAGAUGACAGCUCUGAUGAAAGUAAGAAUGGAGACAGUGAUGAGGAUCCAGAAAAUAUUACAGGCCCCCUGUUAGCCCCAACAGCUGCAAUGUCCUUGAAAAAACAACAGAUUCUGCUGGCUGAAGCAAAGAAGAACGAAGAGGCUAUGUCAAAAACAAUUGCUGACCUGAAAGAAGAAAGGGACAGUCUUCUAAAACAAUUAGCCAAAUACCAGAAGAACGAUCAGAAAGGUGACACAGCAGAGGAAGAUUCGAUUGAUCUUUGUGGGGACCAAGACUCCGAGUGGUCUGACUCGUCUUCAUCCACUACAUCAUCCUCUUCUACAUCAACCUCAAGUUCCUCUGAUGAGCGGAGAAAGAAAGGAAAGAAACACAAGUGCUGCCACAAGAAAAAGCUCAAGAGAAAGAAGAGCAUAAAGAAAAACGGAAAGAUCCAACAAUUUAGACAGAGAGCAGGAAAUCCUCAGCAGGCUGUAAGAAGAUAUAGAAAGAUUUUGCAGCAGUACAAGAGGGGAAAAAAUCUUCGUACUGCCUACAAGGCCAUUUGUGUAGAUUGAAACACUGUAGUGGCCAGUGCUCCCAUUGCAGAGCUUGCUAUUGUGGCACCUCAAGAGUACAGUAAGCUGUUGGAGGGUUACUCACGACAAGAGAAAUUGCAAGUGUUUGCAAAGAAGUGCAUGGAUAUUUUAAACAAUGAUGCACAGCUGUUGACCACUGUGGAAAUGUACAAAAAGAAAAACAAACUUUUACCUUUAAUGAAAAGAAAAUAAGAAGCUUGUUUUUUUGUUUACUACAGCUGGCAACACUCUUGAAUUAGGAGUUAGACGUUGUGCAUAAUAAGAGUCAAAUUAGCACUUUUCAGAGGACAUUUGUUAAGAGCCCUCUGUGUUUUCUUUGUCUUUUAAAAUUUUUGCAAAGAGAGAGUAAAAAUAUUUUCUACUGUGUUUGUUACAAAGUAAAGAAACUACAGCCUGAUUAUUCAGUUGCUUUUUUGGUUUAUUCAAUAAAGUUCUAACUACCCUGUUA